AUGGCAGAGUUCAACAAAGAUAUCAAAAUCAUCGCCGGCGCCGGUGCUGAUGAUAACAGCAUUGCCCUCAAAGAUGCGUUAAUCUCCCACCUCCGCUCACUCAACAUCCAAGUCGAAGAUCUCGGAAACUCUUCUUAUUACUCCAUCAGCGCCGAAGUCGGCCGUCGAGUUUCUCAAUCUUUAUCUUCCUCCCCGGAGAUCCGCGGUCUAGUUGCCUGUGGAACUGGUGCUGGCGUCUCCAUCUUCGCCAACAAGUUCCCCGGCGUGUUCGCCACCACCUGUCUUACUCCAUCUGAAGCUGUCAACGCCCGUUCUAUCAACAACUCAAACGUCCUUGCUGUCUCCGGUUAUUUUACUUCAAAGGAAACAGCUAUCGAGAUCAUAGAUGCGUGGUUGAGUACACCAUUCAAAUCUCCCUGUCCAGCAAACGACAACAAAGUGUGGCCAGAGGAGGUGGAGAAGUUUCUAGACAAGUCUCUGGUUGAAAUGCCGGAAAUCGGAAAGGGAGACGCGGUUAACAAGUGUGCAAUAUGCUGUUUGGCUAAGAACAGGGAGCUGAAGGCAGUGGACUUGAUUCCAGGCGGGUCAAUGAAGAUUGUUAGGGAGAGUCCAACUUCGGGGUUUGUGAGAUUCAAGGCGGGGAGCGUGGAGCCAGCACAUCACCACACGUUUGGGCACGAUUUGGUAGUGAUUGAAGGGAAGAAGAGUGUUUGGAAUGUGACAAAAGAGGAGAGGUAUGAUCUAAGUGUUGGGGAUUACUUGUCUAUUCCGGGUGGUGAUGUGCAUAGAGUGAAGUAUCAUGAGGACACUGAGUUCUUUGUCAAGUGGGAUGGUCAGUUUGAUAUAUUUUUUGAGGAGGAUCUUGAUGCUGCCAAUCUUGCAUAG